AUGGGCAGUUACAUCACCACUAUGGAGUUGGACAGCAGAGGGCGGUAUGAUGUCAAGAGUGAGGUGACCCUGAGGCUGAACAGCCCUCUGACUGUUACAGCCGAUCUGAGACUGAGGGUUCUGGACCAGAGUUUCACCAAGUCUCUCACACUCCACCCACCACCAGGUAAAAGAUCAGGGUUCCAGUGUUUGUUCGUUGACUCAAUGUUCUUUUCAGAUACUUUUUUAAAAUCGGGUUUAAUAUUUUUUUGUUGGGUAUUUUGGAUUAUUGAUCAUACAUGUGUUCUUAUUCUCAUUAUUCUGGUGUAGUUUGUACCUAGUCCAUUGGGAUGUGAUGAAUGAUGAUACCAUACUUGCACAAUGGCCUUUCACCAUGGGCUUCCUGGAGCAAGCUGUGAGUGUUGUUCACAAUACUCUACUACAGUUCAUGAUAAAGUACUAGUCAGAUAUAGAGGGAAUUGUUGCUUAUUUCAGUGACUGAGGUUGAGUGCUCCUUUCUUCUCCUCUCUUCCACAGUGUGCUGUGUGACACCUGCUGAGCAGAGGAGCAGAUUGUUGACGUAUCCACUGCUGCUAAUGCUGCUGGGAUUGGUGCUCCUGUUAUCCAGGAAGAGGUCUGAGCAGGAGACCUAAAAGCCUGCUGCUAAUGCUGCUGGGAUUGGUACUCCUGUUAUCCAGGAAGUGGUCUGAGCAGGAGACCUAAAAGCCUGCUGCUAAUGCUGCUGGGAUUGGUACUCCUGUUAUCCAGGAAGUGGUCUGACCAGGAGACCAAAAAGGAUAAGAAAACAGAAGAAUAGAAUGACCUUCAGUCCAUGGUCACUCAACAGGCUUUAUGCCAGAGCAAUUAUCAUUGCUUCUUUGCAUAGAUAAAACAUAAAGGGAGGACAGCCUUUUAUACUAAAGUCCAUUUUCAUGGAAUGUAAUUUUGUAAAAUCAGAACUACACUACAAUACAUUAUACACAAAGUUCAACACAAUACAGUUGAAACACUCAUUAUAGGACUCAGACAGUGGGAGUUGCACACCACACCACUAGAUGGUCAUAUGUACCUCUACUCCAAAUCUGGUUCCUCUUAAGAUUUCUUCUUGUAGGGAGUUCUUGCUUGCUGCUACUUGCUCAGGGGUUUAGCCCAGGUUACUGUGUAAAUCACCUUUGACAUCGGCAGUUGUUUUACCGGGCUUUAUAAAUAAAACGUAUUUAUUGAUUGAAAUGAUGGCAGCUAUAUCAUCUAAUGAAAGUUGUUACAUGUGUUCCAGUCAAUGUAUCAUACUUUCCAGAAUUUGUUAUUUUGUAAUAAAAGGAGAUGAACCCCCAAUUGCGAUGUCUUUUUGCUAAAUCUCUUUAACAGGAAGGAACUGGCAUGUUGGCAUUAUACCAGCAAUACAGGGAGAGUGUCAUUUUCUCCUGUAACAUUUCUUAUUUUAGUAUAUUCCUCUUGGUCAAAUAAUGACAUGAAACUGUAUAGUUUUAUUUAAUUACACCCAGAGCAAAUAGUUGUGUUUUGGUGUUCCAGUGGAAUGCAGAGGGCGACAUUGAUCAAAGCCAGGGGAUUUCCCAUUCUCAUGUGCUUAGACUGCACAGGGGAGAUUCCCAAUCCAUGUGGACGCACUGUGAGUAGCCUGGAUGUGUUUUCCAAUGUAGCAGCAUGAUGUACAGUACCCAUCAUCUAAAGAACAAAAAUAUAUUUCCUAUGGAAAGUAAAGUCCUACAUAGCCUCCAACAGCUACUCUAUAGUUUACCAAGCUACCAAUUACUUCUCACUGGAAGAAGUUUAGCUACACCAGCAUUUCCCACCUUUUGGUUUUUGCCCUAUCACUACAGAGCUGGUUCAAAUAAUCAAAGCUUGAUGAUUAGUUGAUUAUUAUCCACAGGACCAAGUUUGGGGAAACCUGAGCUACCCUUAGAGAUAUUCUCCUGUACUUUUAUAUUAUUUUUAACCAGUAGUUCUGAAAGUAGGACUCACAAGCCAAAAGUGGCUCCCGAACAUCACGUACUAUGUCACAAAUGUGAAGAAAUGUGCACCAUGUCAUUGCUCUCCCUGCUGUGUCCACUGAGCCGUUGGGCCCGCCCUGCAACGUCAUUGGAUAACGCUGGGCAGCCCUCUUGCUAGCUGUCACUGAAAUGCGAGGGGCUAGAACUAGAAUUGCUAAGGAGCUGGCCCACAUGGGAGGUUAUGUAGGGAAAAUGGCGCAGCACAGCUUCAAGAAAAUAGUCGCAUUCAAACUAGUUGCUAAACUAGUAGCUAAUUGAAGUAAGACAGUAGUUCUGCUCAUAGAUUAUGCAUGUAUGAACUACACAUUGACACAUCCAGCCCAAAGCGGCAGGUUUAAAAAAUACUUUCUUAGUCGCCAAAGUACCAGAGCAAGUCUUUAAGAAAAUAUAGUUUACUUAACUAGGUACUUUGAAAAAGUAGUUCACUACAUCAACACUACUUAGUGAAAAAUUAAUUAUGGCACAGAUUCUACAAGUGUCUGGAACACUAUUGGACGGAUUCCAAAAUUGCUUCAGAAUCUCCCAUAAGUGUUACAAGAUCCUCCUUCUGACCUACAAAGCCCUUCACCACCUUGGAGAACAUGCAUAUGGGGAAUGUGGAGAUGGGGUCUAGAUAAAGUGCUGUUACUAUGGGGGCGCCCAUACUGUGGCAUGUGGGGGUUGUGCAGUGAUGAAAAAACAGGUGGAAGUGCAGCAGGUGAGAAGUGAGUGUAAAAUCUCAUAUUCCAAAGCAGUGAAGGUAGUUCACGCAGAGACAAGCGGGGCACCUAGAAGAUCGGGUCUUCCAGGACAGAGCGGAAUGCAGGUUGGGCGUGAUGUAGGGAGCAGAAUGGGGGAGACCACAAGAAUGGUAGAUAUAAGAAAGAUUAUUACAUUUGUAACAGCAGCUAUCAAUUGCACAGAAAAAUAGCAAUCUAAGAAUAAAAUACAGAUCGUUGUGGAAGAGGCAGUGAAGUAUCUUGUGAUCACAGCACUGACAUUGAGAUUGAGAAUCAGUCCAGCCAGGAAUCAUGUCUUGGUUAAUUUUAUAAUGGUGUUAUCCUCCAAUGGAAUGCGAGAAGUUUGAUAGCCAAUGGGCAAGAGUUCAAACUGUUUCUUGAGGAUUUACCAGCUAAACCAGAUGUGAUAUGUCUCCAGUAGACAUGGCUUAAACGACUCUACAUUUUGUAAUACAAGGUUAAGUUGUAGUCCGUAGAGAUAGGGUGGCAGGGGGAGGGUGUGCUACCUUUAUAAAGUGGGGGAUCCCAUAUAGGCUUGUGGGAGAGAGAGUUGAGCAUGAGUAUGUAGUGGUAGAAGUGUGGUUGGGAGGAGGGAAUCUGGUUAUAGUGAACUGUUACAACCCGUGUUAGAGACUAGAGUUGAUUGCCCUUGGGAGUGUAAAAGGUCAAGAUAGGAGAUGGGUGAUGUGGUGUGAGGAUUUGAAUGCCCACAGUAUGCUCUGGGGAGUUUUGGACUGAUGUAAAUGGACAAGUGUUUGAGGAACUACUGGAUGAGAAAGGGCUUAUGUGCCUUAAUGAUGGCUGGGGAACCAGGAUUGACCCAGUAACUGGAAGUUCUCGAGUUCAAUGGCAGGCAGAUGUAGUUGAGAGGUAUGGGAGGAACCUACAGGGGGCAGUGAUCACUACCCUAUCAUUAAUGUACUGUAGGAAUGAGAGUGGAAGAUACAACAGGAAAUGGAUUGAGGAGAUGGAUGUUUGGGAAAGCGGAGUGGGGGCAGUUCAGGAGUUGAAUGAACAGGGGCUGUCUCAGGUUGAUCUCUGUGCAGAUAUAGAAACAGUGAAUGAUGUAGUAAGAGGAGCAAUAGUAGAGGCCUCAAGGCAGGUGAUACCCACAGGUACAGUGGGGAGAAGGAGAAAGGCAGUUCCCUGGUGGACAGAAGAGUGCAGAGAAGCUGUAAAGAGUAGGAACGGUUCUUUCAGGAUGUUGAAAAGGUCCAAUAACUACGAGCACCUGAUACAGUAAGUACAAGCAGUAGUAAGGAGGACCAUUAGGACAGCAAAGAGGGAGUAUUGGCACCGGUUCUGAGGAAACAUAGGCAGGACUACCCCUGUGGGAGAGGUAUGGGGAUGAUUAAGAGUGGGGAGUGGGGACAGACAAGAUUGGGGUCUCCCUAUGCUGAAAAGUGGGGAAAACUGUUGCAUUGAGAAACAUGGAGAAGGCAGAGAUUUUAGCCCAGGCAUUUGUGAAGGUGCACAGCUCAAAUAAUUUGGCAAAGAAGGGACAGCGUGGGAGAGAGAGGGUCAGAGGAGAAUAUCUGUGGGUCUGGAUCAGAGAUGUGGUGGAGGAGGCAGUGAGUUUCCCUUUUACAUUGUCUAAGAAGAAAAGAGUAAUAGCUAAAGCUGGGCUAAAAUCUCCUGGGAAGGAUUAGAUGUUUUACAUCAUGAUGGCUCAUCUCAGUCAAAUCAAAUCAAAUCAAAUUGUAUUUGUCACAUGCGCUGAAUACAACAGGUGUAGAUCAUACUAUGCAUAGAUAAUAAAUAGAGAGUAGCAGCAGCGUAAAAGAGGGGGUGGGUGGGGACAAUGCAAAUAGUCCGGGUAGCCAUUUGAUUAGCUGUUCAGGAGUCUAAUGGCUUGGGGGUAGAAGCUGUUAAGAAGCCUUUUGGACCUAGACUUGGAACUCUGUGCGGAAGCAGAGAGAGCAGUCUAUGACUAGGGUGGCUGGAGUCAAUUUUUAGGGCCUUCCUCUGACACCGCCUGGUAUAGAGGUCCUGGACGGCAGGAAGCUUUGCCCCAGUGAUGUACUGGGCCGUACGCACUGAGCAGUUGCCAUUCCAGGCAGUGAUGCAACCAGUCAGGAUGCUUUCGAUGGUGCAGCUGUAUAACCUUUUGAGGAUCUGAGGACCCAUGCUAAAUCUUUUCAGUCUCCUGAGGGGGAAUAGACUUUGUCGUGCCCUCUUCACGACUGUCUUGGUGUGUUUGGACCAUGAUAGUUUGUUGGUGAUGUGGACUCAACCUGCUCCACUACAGCCCCGUCGAUGAGAAUGGGGGCGUGCUUGUUCCUCGUUUUCCUGUAGUUCACAAUCAUCUCCUUUGUCUUGAUCACGUUGAGGGAGAGGUUGUUAUCCUGGCACCACAUGGCCAGGUCUCUGACCUCCUCCAUAUAGGCUGUCUCAUCGUUGUCGGUGAUCAGGCCUACCACUGUUGUGUCGUCGGCAAACUUAAUGAUGGUGUUGGAGUCAUGCCUGGCCAUGCAGUCAUGGGUGAACAGGGAGUACAGGAGGGGACUGAGCACACACUCCUGAGGGGCCCCCGUGUUGAGCAUCAGCGUGGCAGAUGUGUUAUUACCUACCCUUACCACCUGGGGGCGGCCCGUCAGGAAGUCCAGGAUCCAGUUGCAGAGGGAGGUGUUUAGUCCCAGGGUCCUUAGCUUAGUGAUGAGCUUUGAGGGCACUAUGGUGUUGAACGCUGAUCUGUAGUCAAUGAAUAGCAUUUUCAUGUAGGUGUUCCUUUUGUCCAGGUGUGAAAGGGCAGUGUGGAGUGCAAUAGAGAUUGCAUCAUCUGUGGAUCUGUUGGGGCGGUAUGCAAAUUGAGUGGGUCUAGGGUUUCUGGGAUAAUGGUGUUGAUGUGAGCCAUGACCAGCCUUUCAAAGCACUUCAUAGUAGUAGUCAUGUAGGCAGGUUACCUUAGUGUUCUUGGGCACAGGGACUAUGGUGGUCUGCUUGAAACAUGUUGGUAUUACAGACUCAGUCAGGGACAGGCUGAAAAUGUCAGUGAAGACACUUGCCAGUUGGUCAGCGCAUGCUCAGAGUACACAUCCUGGUAAGCCGUCUGGCCCUGCGGCCUUGUGAAUGUUGACCUGUUUAAAGGUCUUACUCACAUCGGCUACGGAGAGCGUGAUCACACAGUCGUCAGGUACAGCUGAUCCUCUCAUGCAUGCUUUAGUGUUGCUUGCCUCGAAGCGAGCAUAGAAGUAAUUUAGCUUGUCUGGUAGGCUUGUGUCACUGGGCAGCUUGCGGCUGUGCCUCCCUUUGUAGUCUGUAAUAGUUUGCAGGCCCUGCCACAUUUGAUGAGCGUCAGAGACAGUGUAGUACGAUUAAAACUUAGUCCUCUAUUGACGCUUUGCCUGUUUGAUGGUUCGUCGGAGGGCAUAGCGGGAUUUCUUAUAAGCGUCCGGGUUAGAGUGCCUCUGCUUGAUAGCUCAGUGUGGAUGUUGCCUGUAAUCCAUGGCUUCUGGUUGGGGUAUGUACGGUCACUGUGGGGACGACGUCAUCGAUGCACUUAUUGAUGAAGCCAGUGACUGAUGUGGUGUACUCCUCAAUGCCAUCAGAAGAAUCCCGGAACAUAUUCCAGUCUGUGCUAGCAAAACAGUCCUGUAGCUUAGCAUCUGCGUCAUCUGACCACUUCUUUAUUGACCGAGUCACUGGUGCUUCCUGCUUUAGUUUUUGCUUGUAAACAGGAAUCAGGGGGAUAUAAUUAUGGUCAGAUUUGCCAAAUGGAGGGCGGGGGAGAGCUAUGUACGUGUCUCUGUGUGUUGAAAAGGUGGUCUAGAGUUUUUUUUCUUCUAGUUGCACAUUUAGCAUGCUGGUAGAAAUUAUGUAAAAUGGACUUAAGUUUCCCUGCAUUAAAGUCCCCAGCCACUAGUGACACUGUAAUUGGGGAAAUUAUUGGGCCCUUACAAUAAGGUGUGUCAGGAAGGGACCAGGCUGUGGUGGUGCCGAUAUGGACACCAGGGAAAGACCCUACUAAUCCAUCAAGCUAUAAGCCGAUAGCGUUGACAUCUCUUGUCUGUACACGUAUGGAAAGGAUAGUAACAGAAAGGCUCACUUACUUCCUAGAGAGCAGAGGCCUAUUGUCAUCAGACCAAAGUGGGUUCAGGAUAGGCAGUGGAACCAUUGAUCCUGUAAUGUGCCUAGAGUCGGACAUACGGAAGGACUAUGAUAUGAUGUGGAAGGAAGGUCUGCUUAUCAAACUGGAAAUCAUGGGGGGUUGGAGGAAGAGUUGGGUCUUCAAGUUCUCCGUUGAGAAAACACAGACUGUUUUUUACUAGAAGGAAGUUUGGGAAGGAAAUAUGCCUGAAGCUGUAUGGGCGGAAUCUAGAGAGGGUGGGAGUGUUUAGGUUCCUUGGGGUCUGGUUUGACACUUGAAUGACGUGGGUGGAGCAUAUUAACAGAGUAGUUUUCAAAGGAAAGAAAAUAUUGAAUGUGAUGCAUUGCGGAUGGAUUGAUAUUGGCAUGGCGAAAGAGAUGGGACUGUUUGAGAACAAGUUCAGCCCUUCUGUGGUGCUUCCUGCUAUCCCACCUUGGUUGCUCCCUCAGCCAAUGAUAGACCUAGGGUUGCUUGAGAGGGCAAGAGCUGGUGAGGAAUGAGUAGAUCCAGUAAAUAUUGUAAGUGAACAUUUAAGAACACAGUACUAUGCUUUCUUGAAUGUACUUUAUUCGCUGAUGGAUCUAAGGACCCUAAAACAGGGACGAUAGGUGCAGCUUUUAGUGUUGCUCAGUUUAAGGUUGCAUUGACAAAAAGAGCAACGGAUCAUGUAUCUGUAUACACAAUGGAGUUGCUGGCCAUACUAUUGGCUGCAAAGUGGAUGGAGAAGGUGAGGCCAAACAGGGUAGUCAGCUGCUCUGACUCCUGUGCAGCACUGAUGAGCUUAAAUUCAUUUGUGUCACAGAGCAGACAAGAUGUCUUGUAUGAGAUUUUGCAGUGCUUGUUUAGAUUGAGACACAUAUCGGGGUAUUUGUGAGGUUCCUCUGGGUGCCAGCUCAUGUGGGAGUAGAGGGGAAUGAGGAGGGAUGUUCUUUCCAAGCAGGCUCUCAAACAUCCUAAUGUUGACAUGGAAAUGCCAAUAAGAAAAGCAGAAGCCAAGGGACUAAUAAGAACAGUGGUUAAAAACAAAUGGCAACAAUUGUGGAACAGGGAGGGAAAGGGAAGACACCUGUAUAAGAUCCAGGAAAAGGUGUGGGCAGGGAGGUCCUCAGGUCGAGAAAGAAGGGAGGAAAGUGUAAUAACAAAGCAAAUACUGGGACAUACAAGGCUGAACCGCACAUUGACAAUGGUAGGAAAACAUCCAACUGGGAAGUGUGAUCACCUUCGGGAGGAGAUGGAGACAGUGGAACACGUUCUUUUUCAGUUCCAGCACUAUGAGAGGGAAAGGGAGAGAUUGCUAUUAGAUUCAAGGAGUAAUGGUGUUGAAGAGACAAGUUUAAUUGUACUGUUAAUGUAACAUCACAUGAUGUAUUUCUUUGCGUAUUUCGUUUCCUUACGGAGACAAGAUUAAUGGAUAGGAUUUAUGCCUUUCAUGUCUACGGUCCACACUCCAGUCCAGUUGUUGGCGGUAAUGCACCAUUAAAGUUGGAUGCCAACCACCUUAUAAAAGCAACAGAAGAAGAAGCAGAAGAAGAAGAAGAAGUUGGGACUUUCCUGCACAACAUGGGGUAUGCGCUAACGUUUCAUUCAUUCACUCAAAUGUUUAACAAAGUUUAGAAAUGAAGGGGUGUAUGUAUAAUUGAAUCCCCAUGCUUAAUAGGCUCUAUAAUGCAUCAUAUAGGAUAAAGUCAGUCCAUGGAUUAUUAGAAGCCGAUUUCAAAGAGCAUGUGUCUCUCUCUCGCUUUGUCUUUCAGGUUGCACGUGGUCUCCAUACCGUUUAUUAUCAGUAAGUAAAAUCGAAGUGUUUUCAUAUGGUGUGUAUUUUUUUUUUUUUUCCACCUUUAUUUAACCAGGUAAGCCAGUUGAGAACAAGUUCUCAUUUACAACUGCGACCUGGCCAAGAUAAAGCAUAGUAGUGCGAUAAAAACAACAACACAGAGUUACAUAUGGGGUAAAAAAACAUAAAGUAAAAAAAAAAUACAACAGAAAAUAUAUAUACAGUGUGUGCAAAUGUAGCAAGUUGGACAAGUGGUAGGUCCUAUGUCAAAGUUUUACAACUUUUAGUAAUUCUUAAAUAAAUGGGAUCCCUCAUCAAUGAUCACAGGUGUACAUUGAUUAGUGCAUUAGUGUGCAGACCUCAAGUCUUAUUUGUUUAAUACAUAUUCAACACUGUUUGAACAAAACAAAUAAUAAAUGCCUAAAUAAGCCCAGGUAAACAUAUGUGCUUAUAGAAAGUCUACACCCUCCUUGGAUUUCUUCAUUUUAUUGUGUUACAAAGUGGGAUUAAUUUUUAUUUUAUUUUGUCAGUGAUCUACACGAAAUACUCUGUCGAAGUGGAAGGAAAAUUCAAAAUUUUUUUUGAAGAUGAAUGAAAAAUAGAACAGUAAUGUACCUUCAUUAGAUUAGAUAAGUAUUCACCCCCUGAGUCAAUACAUGUUAGAAACACCGUUGGCAGCCAUUACAGCUGUGACUCUUUUUGGGUAAGUCUCAUAAGAGCAGAUUUAAGUCAAAACUGUAACUUGGCCACUCAGGAACAUUCACUGUCUUCUUGGUAAGCAACUCCAGUUUAUAUUUGGCUUUGUGUUGGAGGUUAUUGUCCUGCUGAAAGGUGAAUUCCUCUCCCAUUGUCUGGUGUGAAGCAGGUUUUCCUCAAAGAUUUUGCCUGUGCUUAGCUCCAUCACGUUUCUUUUCAUCCUGAAAAACUCCCCAGUCUUUGAUGUCAAGCAUAUCCAUACCAUGCUUCAACAUCUGCAUUGCUUGCUGUUUGGGUUUUUAGGCUGGGUUUCUGUAUGUCACUUUGUGACAUCUGCUGAUGUAAAAAGGGCUUUAUAAAUACAUUUGAUUGAUUGAUGAUGCAGCCACCACCAUGUUUGAAAAUAAGGAGGUAGGCAGUGACAUCACCCUUAGCUGCUCUUUCCCUCCGUCUAAAAACCUGAACCUCAAAUACCUGAUCGUCAACUGGCAGCGUGGAGAAUCCGAGGUGGUCCACAGCUAUUAUUAUGGGAAAGAUCAGCUGGAAAGACAGUGUUGUUUACAAGGGACGCACUCAUCUAUUUGAAGACCAGCUCACUGUGGGAAAUGCCUCACUUAGACUGAGUGGUGUGCAGCCGAGUGACCAGGGCCAAUACACCUGUCAUGUGACAGAUGAACAGGGAAGCACCAAGGAAAAUCUGCAACUUCUAGUGGCAGGUAAGUUCCAUUGUUGCUGCAUCUAUAUUGUGUAGUGUAAAUGAUAACUGCACCUACAAAAGUAUAAUAUAAUAUUUCAAAACAGCCCCUUAUGAUGAGCCCAGGAUGUCCGUCCAAGCCACUUGUGACGGCUUUGUUGUCACCCUCCUUGCCUCUCAGGGGUUUCCCCAGCCAGAGGUACUGUGA